AUGGAACAUGUAUCGCACCUUAUUAUAAAAUGGCAGGAGGGCAACUUCGCCCCAGAACUGAUACCGAGAAAAGAUGUGUUAGAUAAGGACAUUCAGCUGUCUAAAAUAGUACAAGUAAGGUGGCACGGGACCUUACACAUGGGCAAAAUACUUUCAGUUGCCUACAACAAGAAGAUGGGUCAGGCCUACCUGAAAGAUAUUUUAAAAGAGACAGAGGAGGAGGAAGUAGAAGAAGAGGAAGCAGUAGUGGAAAUGGAGGAAAUGGAGCCGUACAGGAUGGAGAUAGAAGACCAUCUGUCACAAGAGUCCACGCAGUUGACCACAUUGGGAAAUAGGUCUAUUAUUGACGACCUUGAUGACGAUUUGUUCCAAACAGUCCAAGAAGUCAUCUUGCCUCCGGCCUCCCAACGUACUGAGGUGUACGAAGCUCCCGCCCCCGCCCCCGUCCAGAAUUGGAGGAACAUAGGAAAGUCAAUUGGAUAUUCACUUCUGUAUCUCGUAUACUGAAUCCUGAGUGUGUAACGAUUUGGCAAUAUUCAUGCUCUACAAAUUAAUUAAUUGACUAAUUAUUAUUAUAUGACGGUAUAAAUCUUUAAUCUGUAUAUAAAUCUUUAAACCCACAAUGUUUUUUCUCUAGUAGCUCGAGUUAGUUGUUCAAACUUUCAUAGUUUAACUCCAGAGUAUAUUAUAGUUUGGACUUGACAUCAGAAGAAGUCAGGUAGUGUGGAUGAUUCUGCGUCUAAAACGACUAGAGAAUUGAGGUAACAGUUGAUUUGUUAUCAAACUCUCAUUCAUCAACUAUCAAUUAUCAUAAUUUAUACAAGUUCCCAUUUAUUAAUUCUACAGUUUAUAAAUUCUACCUUGCGUUGUGAGAUCUUCUACUAUCUAACUUUCCUUAAUUUAACUCCCUACUGCUACAAAUUUCCUAUUUGCUUCUGUCUCU